UCAGAUUUUUGAUUUUUGGAUGCAAUAAGAAUUUUCUGUACGAAACAGAGGAAGCUUGUGGACGAAUUUUUAAAUGGAUCAGAACACGGGUCCAUCGUCGGCAGAGUUCCAUCUAGGGAACAACAAGAAUGAAGAAAACGAGGUGAAUAGUGCUCCUUAUCAAAGGAAUCAACUGAGCAACAAAGCUUCCAUGAUGAUAAUGAUGGUCGAACACGAUGAUGUUGACGAUGACGAUGAAAUUCCGAAAGAACUUGACCAGGCCACAAUAUCUAGCAUGUGCAUGUUGCCUGCAGAGAUCGCCUUGAGAGAACAGGCCAGACAACUUUCUGAGCUGAGCAUCAAAGAUGCACUUGCUGAAGAAUUCAUUGAAUAUGAGACCAGGAGAAUGUCGCUGAUCGCCAUUCAUUCAGCCUUUUCAGGUGCAGUAACAUACCUGUAUGUGUUUGUGUUGAGGCUUCCCAGAAGGAUGGCUAGAAGCCAGACUUUCGGGGAGAUGGCUCACUGUAUAGCUAGUCUUCUGGGGAGAAUGCCUAAUGUAUAG